CUGAAAGUUAGUGGGCAUGCGUAUAAGCAGUCCUUACGACUUUGUCACCGAGGGAAACAGAGGAGAUGAGGGCGCUGUGUGUUUUUGCUCUGCUGGCUACGCUAGGGCUGGUGGUAGGAGAGGAGGGGGCUCGACUCUUGGCCUCCAAGUCUCUGCUGAACCGCUACGCUGUGGAGGGACGGGAUCUCACCCUGCAGUACAACAUCUACAACGUAGGGACCAGCGCUGCCCUGGAGGUGGAGCUGUCUGACAACUCCUUCCCCCCAGAGGAUUUCGGCAUCGUGUCCGGAAUGCUUAACGUCAAGUGGGACAGGAUCGCCCCUGCUAGCAAUGUCUCUCACACCGUGGUACUGCGCCCCCUGAAGGCAGGGUACUUCAACUUCACAUCUGCGUCUGUCAGCUACUUGGCCCAGGAGGGAGGGCAAGUUGUGGUGGGCUACACCAGUGCUCCAGGACAGGGAGGGAUUCUCGCCCAGAGGGAGUUUGACAGACGCUUCUCCCCACACUAUCUGGACUGGGCUGCUUUCGGCGUGAUGACCCUGCCCUCCAUUGGCAUCCCCCUGCUGCUCUGGUACUCCAGCAAGAGAAAGUACGACUCUCCCAAAAGCAAGAAGAACUGAGCUACACCCACUGGGGGGAAAAAUGGGGGUGACUUCGCUGUCAUUGGAGAUGGCAAAGAACAGGGACUGGAGUUGGGGGGGGUUUGGGUUUGAGAAGUUUGGGGAAUAAAUUAAUUGCCCAUAUUGUGGUAAAUGAUGAAAUAAAUCAUAUUUGACUGUUGUGGAAAGGGGGUAAUUUGGUUACCCUUUCCUGGGGUAAUUGUAAAGGGUGAAGACUGUGGGAGGGGUUUGAAUUUU